AUGAAUCCACAGCACUUUCAGAACAUGGUGGGCAUGGGUCGAGGCAUGCCCAACAACAUGCAACAACAAAUGGCCAUGGCAAAUCAGAUGGGUGGGCAAAUGGCGGCACAAAUGGGACAAAUGGGACAAAUGGGCCAGAUAGGACAGAUGGGCCAGAUGGGCCAGAUGGGGCAAAUGGGUCAAAUGAACCCCAGAGCAGGGCAGAUGGGUGCGGGAAUGGGAAGACCUACACCUCAGCAGAUGGCCGGGCAGAUGAGCCUCAACCACCCUUCGGUUCAACAACACAUCUUCGACAUGUUAAACUCUCAGGGGCCGUUUACUGGCUGGCAAGCCAAUGUCCACAUCCGCGAACGAGCCGGUCAGAUCAAGUUGCUCGUCGAUUCUCUCCGUCUGGUCAGACCCCCGGUCGAGCUCCCUCGUGCGAUCGAAGUCGCUCUCCAGUUCGAACGCAAGUGCUUCACCCAGUCCGCGAGCCGAGAGGACUACGUUCGGGAGUGUAGCGAAAAACUAGGCAGAAUCCGUGACCAGCGAGCUCAACAGUUGAACCAGUCUACCGCCGGCGUUAUGCAAGGCAUGCAGGGUGUGCAAAUGGGCAACCAAACUUUCAUGCCACAGAUGCAACCCAACCAGCAGAUACAAAACAACCUGUCGCUGCCCCCGCACUUGCAGCAGUUGCAACAGCAACAGCAGCAGGGCUUGCACAGCUCGCCCGUUUUCAACCAACCCCAACCUAUGAUGAGUCAAGCAAGCCAAUCCGCUCCAAACCAAUCCAUGGUAGCCAUGAUGCCCGGUAAUGUUCAACAGAAGCAGACUCAGCUGCCCGAGUUGACCCCGGAGGACAACAAGGCCAUUAAUCUGCGAGCGGCCGAGCUGGCCAAAAGUACCCCCAAGGAGGAGAUGCGCAAUAUUGUGGAGAAGAUGAAUCCACAACUACGGCAGAACCUGGCUCAGAAGGCCGUCGACCCUAUCAUUUACUAUUUCCGCAUGCUCGCAACUAAAGAGUUUCGGCGACGAAAACAGUUAGAGGGGAAUGGGGGACAAAUGAAUAAUGCCGCCGGCAUGAUGGGACAGAUGCAAAAUCAGUCAACUCCGAACUCGAUGGGUCAGGGAAUGACCAUGAACGGGAAUCCGCUUAUGGGCGACAUGGGCCGAUUCCAAGGCCAGCAGGCCGAGGGGUUGAGAUCUCAAGAGGGUGGCGAAUUGGUGGUUCCUGCCAGCAGUACGCCAGGCAUGAUGCCGGACCAGUUGCGUCUUCAGCAACAGAUGAUGGCUACCCAGCGCAUGGGGCAACAAAACCAGGCUAACUUGAACCCGGCAUUCAUCGCGCAGCAACAGCGCCUCCAACAAGCACAGGCUACCAAGUUGCAACAGGCCCAACUUCAGGCACAAAACCAGGCACAGGCUCAAGCUCGCGCUCAAGCCGCAGCUCAGGCACAAAUGGCUGGUCAGCGUCGGGAUAUGCCAAUGCCACAGUCCAGCACCCCCCUAUCUGCCAUCAAUCGUCCUGUUGGACCAAAUGUCUCGGGGGCGAGCCCACAAACAGUCCCCCGACCCGGCUCUGGAACUCCUCUGAUGAACCAGCAGAUGCAGCAAAUGAAUAACGCAGUACAACAGGGCCAGCAGCAACAGCAGCAGCAGUUGAACAUGCAAGAAAUGCAGAAGCGUGAACAGGCGCUGGCCAGCUUUCCUGUGCCUCUCCAGGUGAUUCUUCGUCAAAAGCCACAAAGUGAAUGGCGUAGUAUCCUACAGCAAUUUCAGCAGAGUGGUCAAAUGAAAAGGAGCAUAUCACAGCAGCCACAGGGGAUGCAAUCGCAGCAACAGCAGCUGCAACAACAGCAAACGCCAAUGGCUCAAACACAGAAUAAUGCAUUUGUUGGUGGUGCUAAUAUUGGCGCCAUGCCCAUGCAACAGUCGCUGUCGGCUGGGGCAGUUUCUCAACAGGGUCAAGAAAUGGCUGCCAUGCAGCCUGGUAGCCAGGGUCAAAUGCAACAGAAUCAGCAGGAGAUGAUGAGGCAGCGCCAAAUGCAGAUACAACAGCAAAAGCAGCAGCAGCAGCAACAACAGCAACAACAACAAGCGCAACAACAAGCACAGCAACAAGCACAGCAGCAGCAGCCGACGCCACAGCAGCCACCGCAAGGGACUCCAAAUGCCCAAGGACAACCACAGGGCCCUCGUCAACAGUUGACUGCUCCGCAGAUGAAGUUGAUGGAUCAGCAACCAGUUCCGCCCACGGUGUUGAGCAGCAUAAGACAGCAUGCUGCGUUGCCGGAAAUACGGACCUGGUAUCAACUCAAACAGUGGCUGCUCUCGAACCCAGUUGCAAACUGGCCCAUCCCUCAUGUAUUGGACAUCCAGGCGACACAUUUCGCCCAUAUCAUGAAAAAUCGAGGUCAGAAUUUACAACAGCAACACCAACAGCAGCAAAAACAGCAACAACAACAACAACAGCAGCAGCAACAACAACAACAACAACAACAACAACAACAACAACAAAAUGCCAUGGCGGGCCAGGCUCCUGGACAAGCGACUCAGACAGUGCCUCAGCCGUCUAUGCAAACCAUCCCUUAUCAGCCUCCUGGUGUCCCGCCUGGAGCCAUGCCCCUCCGAACCCCGACCGCUUUCGAUAUUCAGAAGGUGCGGGCCGCAAAUCCUCGCGUCGCAAAUAUGCCAGACGAGCAAAUUAGAGCUAUCCUGAUCAAUCGACAUCGUGAGGUGCAAGCAAAGAACAUGCAGCAGCAGCAGCAACAACAACAACAACAACUGCAGCUGCAGCAGCAGCACCAGGCCAAUCAACAAGGAAUGCAACAGCAAGGACCCCCAAUGCCACCGCAGACAGGUCAAGCAACCUCUCAGGGACAACAAUUUGGUGUCCAGGCAUCCGCACAGAAUCAAUCUCCGGCGCAGGCUCAGCAGCAAGUUCGGCCGCCUUCGGCUUCAGCGCCAGGACAACCUCGCCCGCCACAGACGCCAGUCCAGCCUGAGAACAAAAAUCUAAAGCGACCUAGCGACGACGAUGUGGUGGAGAUAUCAAUGCAGAACAAACAAGCCCAGCCGCAAGUGAAUGGCAACAAGGCCCAGGGAUUUCAAGCUUUGACAAAGGAGCAAAUCAACGCGUUGGAUCCGGUAAAGCGACAGCAAUACAAGAAUUAUCAGCUGCAGCACGCCGCGAUGCGGAAAAUCGUGGAACUCACAAAGGAAGUACAAACCAGCAUGCCCAAGCUGCGGCCCAUGACCAACAUGGAUGCCAGUGGCAGAAAGCGCAUCGCAGACCUUUUGACGUCCGUCAACGUAAAAAACAUGCUCGGGCGGUUCGACUCGUUUCUUGUCGCCUUCUAUCGCAUCGAGCCGAAUGACGCAGCUAUUAAGCAACUGGUCCUCCAGAAGAUACAGUUGUUCUCGCAGUACAAACCGCAGUCGCUGCAGAACAAAACUUUUGAGCCGGCUGACCACUUUAGCAUUACCGCGGACAACGCUGAAGGAAUUGUUAACAACAUCACUGCUAAGUUCCAACAAACUGCCGCGCAAAUCCCAAACAACAAAGCCCGCCCACAGCCUGCGCAGCUCACGCCGGAGAAUCUCAGUUUGCUUGAGGCACAAGAGAAAGAACGGAAACAGUCUCUUAAGGUCAACCAAGCUCCUCCCGCUCCGACAUCCACACAACCACCAUUCCAAAUCGGAGAUCCCAGAGGGCAAGGUACGCCAAGAUACGCGACUCCAGGACUUAAGCAAGAAGACCUCAAGCUUCCUACCGAUCCCAAGAGGCGGAAGAAGAACCAACAGCAACCCGCAAGUGCAACUGCCACAACGCCUACCGUGCUUACCUCUCCUCAGACGACCAAAACGCCAAAACCUGCCGAGAUGUUCAAGUGUCCUGUAAAUGGGUGCGAUCAUCAGCUCAAAGGGUUCGCGACUCAAGGCGAACUUGAUCACCACCACAAUGUGGCCCACAAGCUAGAUAUGGAGCCCGUCACCGAUCCUCUUGCCUUUCUCCACGAUUCUCUUCGCUCUGCCUUCAACCUAGACGAGAAUUUCCAGCAGAUCAAGAAGACUUUCCCCAAAUCCGAGGGUAAAGCCGCAGGGGCGACCAUCAUUAAGAACGAGAGCUCCGCAGGCACCCCUGUACCCAUGGCCAAAAUGCCCAGCCAAGGUCCUGCAGGCACCACUACCAGAGAUGGUGACGUCGCUAUGGAAGAUGAUGACCCUUGGAAACACAGCAAUAUCACAUUGGAUCAGUUGCGGCUUGCCUUUGGCGGCGACGACUGGGACGAGCUCUUUCCGUCCGAGGAAAAGCUGUUUGAACAACAGUCCAAGUUUUAUGAGGCCUAUCGCAAUACCAGCGAACGAUGGCAGAAGAUCGUUGAAGGACCCAAUGGUGCUUUGACCGACACCUCUACCGAGAAAUCCAAGAGUCCAGAGAUCGUCAGUGACAAGGAAGGCAGCUCGGCAGCAGCCGCGUCGCGCGAGGACAAGAAGGAAACAGUAGAGAAAAAGGCUGAAGACGAUCAAUGGAAGGUCAACCUUGAUGGGAUCGAGGGUCUUGAUCUCAGUGGGUUUGGCGACAUGUCCCCGUUCGAGACCAUCAAUGAUCUGGACAUCAUGAUGGGCGAGGACGGCUCACCAUUCGAACCAGUCGAGAAACCGCAGCUAUCGACCGAACAACUCCAUCUCCAAGCUCUAGGAGCCGAUCUUGAGCAUCCAGAGACCUGGACUGAGCAGCAGAGACAAUUCGCGGACUUUCUGUUCGGCACCUGA